CGACAACUAAGUAAAGUCAUAUUUUAACCGUCGAUUUCACCCUUAGUCACAGACCUAAUUUGAGAUGACAAAUGAAUAAUUCAUCGAUAGAAACGUGACUAACAAUUAACAACUAACAAUGCUGGAACGAGGCAUUCCGCGGGAACCCUGAAAAUCUAGCCCGGCCUGCGUCCCUGCCGAAUGCUUCGCCGCUUUUCUUAGCGCAAAAAUAAAGCCCAAGCCCAGUCCACUGGGGCCCAAUAAUAACAGUCGAAGCCCGCAGGAUUUUGCUAAAACCCUGAGCAUUUUCCCCAAUUCAGAAACCUUUCGUCUUCCUUCUCUACUCAGCUAGGGUUUCAGCUUCUCCACCCAAAUCCGAAACUGGAAAAAAAAUGAGGCCGCUCGAUGAGGCGGAGACGACGGUCGUCUUCGAGAAGCUCCUGAAGUUCACCGGCAACAACCUGAAGAACAUCGUCGAGAGCCCCGCGCACGAAGGACCCGACCCGAACCCGGGCCGCUACUGCUUCCGCCUCCAGAAGAACAGGGUCCACUACGUCAGCGAGGCUCUGGUGAAGCGCGCCACCAACAUCAGCCGGAAGAAUCUGGUCUCGAUGGGGACCUGCGUCGGCCGGUUCACCCACGGCGGCAAGUUCCACCUCACCGUCCAGUGCCUGGGCCUGCUGGCGGCCAACGCCAAGCACAAGGUGUGGCUGAAGCCGACGUCGGAGAUGUCGUUUCUGUACGGCAACCACGUGCUGAAGGGCGGCCUCGGCAGGAUCACCGACGGGAUCCAGCCGGGGGACGGCGUGGUGGUGUUCUCGAUGUCCGAUGUGCCGCUGGGGUUCGGCAACGCGGCGAAGUCGACGCAAGAUUGCCGGAAGCUGGACCCCAAUGGCAUCGUCGUUCAUCAUCAAUCGGACAUCGGGGAGUACCUCAGAAUGGAAGACGACCUUUGAGAAGUCGAAUUGAUGUAAUGAGAUGUUAGGAUGAACGACUCUGUAUCUUACUGCCAUUCACAUCUAUAUGAAAUUUUGGACUUUGGGUGCUUUCUACUACUUGUUCUUCAAGCUCACAGUUUUUCAACAGUCUUUGUUCAAUGUUGAUUCAGCUUCUUUGUGGGUUCGUUUUUACAGCUUGUUGAUGGAGAGAUCAAUGAAACAUAAGCAUUAAAGAAACGAUCUUUUCCAAUAGGGGCUUUGUUGUUGCUUGAAGUUCUUUAGAUGUGUAGUACCAUUGGUGAUCACGAAGAAGGAUUUCUCAUUUCUCGAGUUUUGCUCGAUCCAUGAAUUCCAUAAAUCGGCAUGUCAGAUUGAGAUUGAUAGGUGUUGAUGCUCUGCAUCUUGAACCUUGAUGGUAAGGCAUUACAGAGUUUCACUACUAAGUCCGUUUAGAUCGAGAAGACCAAAUAAUUGGAAUUUGUUUGUGUUAUGGUGUUGGCUCAAACCGUACUUGGUGGAAGGAAGGAACUUUGGAACCAACUUCAUCAGAAGCUAAUGCUCAUAUAUCUUCUGGGAAGAAUUGCAGUUUGCUUGAAGGUAGAUUAGCCAGUUCCUGUUUGCCGUAUGAAUAAACAAGAUUGUGCUUCGAGACGGCUCUAUUCAUCCAACCAGUUUAGAGCGAGCCAUUGUCGAAUGGAACUAAGGAGAGUAUAGUAAGGGUGAAUCGCAUCGUGUUGGUGGCAGGCAAGUUCUGCUGCUAGUUGAGAGUAGGUUUUGAUAAUGACUGCAUCUACAACCUUGUUCUGUGCCACAAAAGGAUUCUUCUCUGAUGCUGGUAUAAGAUAAACGCAUGAAAUGUUGAUGUGCAACUGCACAUGUCCAAUGCUGCAGAUGAUAAUGCCGCUCUUGUUUGGGCAGAGCACAAGUCUAGCACUGGCUGCCCUCUUUUCGUCCAGUAUCUUCGGCGUGCUCCUACACAAAACGGUUGCGAGCAGAAAAAAAAAUAACGAAACUGCGCAUCCGGGGAAUCGAACCCCGGUCAGUACCGUGGGAGGGUACUAUGAUACCACUACACUAGAUGCGCUGUUGAUAUCAUAGUUCUUUAAAUAUUUGUAUAUAAAUUAGGGCUACCAUCAGUCUUGGAACUUAUGUUACCCAAGUCGGGUCUCAAAAUCGUUUUUCCUAGUAGACGCAGAACCACUAUUAGAUUGGGCCUUGGGGAAACAAUACGAUAUAUGAAUUGGGCUUGGGAAUCAGUAGUAGAGACCUUUCCUCGAUUCUCUCUCAAAGCCAAGGCAAAAAGCCAUUAAUUUUUUUUUAUAUAGAAAAAACUAGUCAUAGGCCCGACCAGUUGGUUGGAUUCAGUCGCAAUAACGUAAACAACAAAAGUAAAUUGUAUGCGAGUUACACAUUUUUUGGCAGUAUAAUAAAACAUGAAUUAUUCAAAUGCUCGAAAAAUUCAAAUUGAUUGGUAUAAUAAGAGAAUCAAAAUUAUUAAAUUCUUAAACAAUCCAAAAGGGUCACCAUCACACUAUUCUCCGACAUAUUACGAUGGCAUAGUUAUUUGCAUUAUCAAUUGUCUUCAUUUCCAUUAGUGAUACAUAUAUUUGCAUUAUCAAUUGUCUCUUCAUUCUUCUCUUGCAUUUUAAUACUGUGUUGAGAAUAUUUCUUCAAUAUAAUGCAUAAAAUCACAGUCACACCAAUUAUGUUUUUAUGUAAAAUCAAAUUAUCUUCUUACCUUACUACUUCAAUCUCUGAAAUAGUUAAUUUUGUCGCAACAUCCUACUAUUUAAUAUUCUUAGUCGACAAUCAAUCAAUGAUUUUGAUUAUUGUCAUAUACAACAUAUAUUUCUACAUCAAGAUGUUUAAUCACUAAAUAUAUAACUGUUGAUAUG